AUGACAGUGCUAUCAUCGAAAACCAUCGAGGGAAGUUUGGUGUUCAAGUCGUUGUUGUUCCUGUCGAGCAUGUUGUUCAUGGUGUCAUUGGUCUUGUACUCAGGACUACAACGGAUUGACGACGAUGACAUUGUGUCCAGCGAAACUCGAAUCAAAUCACCUUAUUGGUCAGAAAAAGAGAUCCAAAAACCGACGACGAAGGGCAAGACAACACCAUGGUCCGACCACAGCGGGAAACAGAAAAGGAUACGAAACCGACAACAAACCCGAGACAAGAGGAUGGAAGCCAUUCAGCAAUUUGGAGCACAUCGUGAGGAAGAAAAGAGGACAAGAAUCAAAGAGGGCAUAGUAUCGGUGCGAGAACAGUUUGAGCAAAAGCAUCCAUGGUCCGACAAAGCUCGUGUGCGACAAGCCGUCUUCGAUCAACGAAUCCCAAACCUUCUUACAACAUAUGACGUCUACGACUGUCCUGAUCUUCCACCGCCCAGCUAUCCUUUCACAUGGAAUUUGAUGGAGAUAUUGGAGAACUGGAAUGCUGGAAACACGACACUACCCUCUCGAAUAUUCCAAGCGCUGUGUGUUUUUGAUUGGGAGACUGAAGAACACAAGGCUCGAAACUAUCAACAACAAGAUUUGCCCUUUGUGGUUCAGAACUUUCCAGAAGCAAUGCGGGCGACCGAACGAUGGUCCACUCCAGGAUACAUGGAAGAGCUAUUGACAAGGAAUAGUGCAUCUCAACAGCAAGCGACAACAAGAACACGAACAAGUGAUGAAUUGACACCACUGUACACAAGGUGGCUAAAGGCUGCAACAGAGCUGGGUCAACGGCAACCGCACAACGGAGAGGAUGAAAAACCAUGGUAUUUUCGCUUGAGUGCCAUGCUGGAAGAGACAGCUUACCUGUACGAGGAACUUCCAUUCUUCGACCCAUCCCUGGGUGAGACCUUCACAAUGCUUUCACCGAAGGAACAUCGUGGUAUCAACUGCAGGUUUGGUAUGAAGGGAAUUGCGGCAGAGUCACAUUUUGACGGACACAACAACUUCAUAGUUGUGAUGGGCGGAAUGCGCCGAUACAUUCUGGCACACCCUGACCAAUGUAAUAACAUGGAGUUGCAUCCGAAGGGGAAACCAAACUCGAGGCACUCCAAAGUGGAUUGGACACGAAUACACCUCGAAGCCAAAGCAUCGUCGGAGAAGCGACCUAUUACAAGAGUCCAGGCGAACGAAAUCAUCUUGAAGGCCGGGGACAUGUUGUACUUGCCUACCUAUUGGUUUCACUAUAUCGUGUCCUUGGAUACAAGCUACCAAUGCAAUUCCAGAUCAGGCAUUUCUACUGAGAACAAGCACCACAUUGUAGAUUGUGGUUUCUGA